CUCAAUUAACCCCAUAGUCUAGUCUAUACAUCCAUAAACAAGGGCAGCCACGCCAGUUGAUGCUGUUUUAAAACACCGUCAGAUGACCGAAGACUUAAGACCUACACGGCUGUUUUAUCCUUGACUUUUUAAAUCGGAGAGUCUCCUUCAGCAUUCCUGAUGGAGAGACUCAAGUCUAACGGAGGGGAGCAUGUUAACGCCGCUUAUGAUCCCACUCUGGAUGAACCUCCUAUGUAUCAGGAGACCAACUUCUCUAACGGGGAGCACCGGACGGUCCGGCCCUCGGUGGUCAGCGCCUUCGGUCAUGACACUUUGGACCGGCUGCCUAGCAUUGACUUCUAUCGCAAUGCAGGCAGCGUGAGCGGUCACCGGGCUGUGCGACCAUCCCUGCAGGAACUCCACGAUGUCUUUCAGAAGAAUGGAGCAAUCUCUGUGCCAGACACCGUGGAGGACGAUGGUGAGGGGAGUGACGGGACCCCCUCUGAUGACCUGGAGUCUGCUGCUCCCGCUGACAGCAAUAAAGGAGCAGUAAAGUUUGGCUGGAUAAGGGGCGUCCUGGUGAGAUGUAUGCUGAACAUCUGGGGUGUCAUGUUGUUCAUCCGUCUGUCCUGGAUCUUUGGUCAGGCAGGCUGGGGUCUGGGUAUUGUGGUUAUUGUUCUCAGCUGUGUGGUCACCACCAUCACUGGCCUUUCCAUGUCAGCCAUCUGUACUAACGGUGUGGUCCGAGGAGGAGGAGCCUACUACUUGAUAUCUCGUAGUCUGGGACCAGAGUUUGGUGGGUCGAUUGGUCUAAUUUUUGCCUUUGCCAACGCGGUGGCUGUAGCCAUGUACGUGGUGGGAUUUGCAGAGACCGUGGUCGACUUGCUCAAGGAUAACAACGCCAUCAUGGUGGAUGAAUUAAACGACAUCAGAAUCAUUGGCUGCAUCACAGUCGUGUUGCUGUUGGCCAUAUCAGUUGCUGGCAUGGAAUGGGAGGCCAAGGCUCAGAUUAUUCUGCUCAUUAUCUUGCUGGUGGCCAUAGUAAACGUAUUUGUCGGAACAUUCAUUCCUGCAACCGAUGACCAGAAAACCAAAGGCAUCUUUAAUUAUGACUCGAAAAUCUUCUUAGAGAAUUUCCCUCCUGAUUUUAGAGAGGGGCAGACUUUUUUUUCAGUGUUUGCCAUAUUUUUCCCUGCUGCAACCGGGAUCCUGGCUGGAGCCAACAUCUCUGGAGACUUGCGGGAUCCCCAGGCAGCCAUACCUAAAGGUACCUUAUUGGCCAUCCUGAUCACUGGCUUAACCUACCUGGCCGUGGCCCUUUGUGUCUCUGCCACUGUUGUCCGUGACGCCACAGGAAACUUAACUAGCAUCAUCAACAACACACUGUCAUAUUCAUGUAACGGUACAGCACAGGCUGCUUGUGAGCUCGGCUAUGAUUUCUCAUCCUGCGCGGAGACGCCAUGUGAAUUUGGCUUGAUGAACGACAAUCAGGUGAUGACCAUGGUUUCUGGGUUUGGUCCCCUCAUCAUUGCUGGAACGUUCUCCGCCACCCUGUCAUCAGCCCUGGCUUCCCUCGUCAGCGCUCCUAAAGUCUUCCAGGCACUGUGUAAAGACAACAUCUACAAAAUCCUCCACUUCUUUGCCAAAGGACACGGCAAAAACAAUGAGCCAAUCCGUGGCUACAUCCUCACAUUCUUUAUUUCUGUGGCCUUCAUUCUCAUUGGAAACCUGAACACCAUCGCUCCUAUCAUCUCAAACUUCUUCCUGGCAUCUUAUGCUCUCAUUAAUUUCUCCUGCUUCCAUGCAUCCUACGCCAAGUCUCCAGGCUGGAGACCAGCAUAUAAAUACUACAACAUGUGGCUCUCCCUGUUGGGUGCAUUGCUCUGCUGCGUCGUUAUGUUUGUCAUCAACUGGUGGGCCGCUCUACUCACAUACGCCAUUGAAAUCCUCCUCUACAUUUAUGUCACUGUCAAGAAGCCAGAUGUGAACUGGGGCUCGUCCACGCAGGCGGUGACAUUUGUGAGUGCAGUCAGCAAUGCUUUGUCUCUGUCUGGUGUCGAGGAUCACGUCAAGAACUUCAGGCCUCAGAUUUUGGCACUGACAGGUUCAGCACGAGCCAGACCAGCUCUCCUGGACCUGGCUCACUCCUUCACUAAGAACUACGGACUCUGUCUGACCUGUGAAGUGUUUGUGGGCCCGAGGUCAGAGGCGCUUGAAGAGAUGAAUGGUGGCAUGGAAAAGAACCAGCUGUGGCUGAGGAAGAGCAAACGCAAGGCAUUUUACGCCGCUGUGGCCUGUGACAGCUUCAGGGAAGGGGCCGAGAGCCUGCUGCAGGCUUCUGGUCUCGGCCGUAUGAAGCCUAACACAUUAAUGAUGGGCUUCAAGAGAAACUGGAGGACUAUGGGCGCGGAGGCAGUGCAGACUUAUGUGGGAAUACUGCACGAUGCAUUUGACUUUGAGUAUGGGACAGUGAUUCUGAGGAUGAAUGAGGGACUUGAUGUGUCGCACAUUGUCGAAGCCGAAGAGGAGACGCUAAGAGCAGCGAAGGAGCAACUGGCCCUGGACAACGAGAUGAUGCAGAAUGGAGGGAAAUCGAAGGGACUGUUCAGGAAGUCCAGAAAAUCCUCUCAGCAAGUGCUCACGACCAGAGUGUCAGUGUGCGGCCCUCCACCCCCGCAGGUGGCCAAGAUGAAUGAGAGGCUGUUGGAGACCAGCACUCAGUUCCAGAAGAAACAGCCUAAAGGCACCAUUGAUGUGUGGUGGCUGUUUGACGAUGGAGGUCUUACCCUGCUGCUCCCCUACAUCCUCACCACCAGGAAGAAGUGGAAAGACAGUAAUUUGAGGAUCUUCAUCGCAGGGCAGCCUGGACGCACUGAAAUAGAUAAAGAGGAGAUGAAGUCUCUGUUGCACAAAUUCAGAAUAAACUGCACGGACAUCACCGUCAUUGAUGACAUCCAUGUUCCACCCCGAUCUGACAGCCUGAAGAAGUUAGAUGACAUGAUUGAGCCUUUCUGUCUGCAUGAGGGGUCUAAAGACACUGCUCAGGCUGAGGCCAUGCGGAAAGAGCAUCCCUGGAAAAUCACUGACGAAGAGCUGAGCACCUUUGAGGAGAAGACCAACCUGCAGGUACGAUUAAAUGAGCUGCUGCAGGAAAACUCCAAAUCAGCCAAUCUGAUCAUUGUGAGCAUGCCCAUUGCUCGUAAGGAGUCUGUCUCUGACUUCCUCUACAUGGCCUGGCUGGAUGUUCUGACAAAGGACCUGCCGCCCACCCUGCUCAUUAGAGGAAACCACAAGAGUGUGCUCACUUUCUACUCCUGAGUGUGCUAUAGGUAGCUAUUAAAGGAAAUAAAUGGCAGUACCAUAAUGAUGGACUAUGUUCAUAAAGCACACCAGAACCUCGGAUGUUAUUCAGUCUCCCAGACCAACACAACAAUAUAACAUAAGUAUUUUUAGUCAAGUCCUGAUUGGGGCAUUCAUACACACAAGUGCCAAGACAAGAAAAUGUAAGAAAUACCUAAAAAACAAGAUGAAAAGUGGUCAGCGGGCAAAAUUGAUCAAGGUAUAAAAAAUAAUUAGCUGUUUCAGUCACAGCUAAACCUUGUUAAUAUUUUAGCAUUAUGCUGUUUUUAUCACCCUGCCUGGGCUGUUUUAUAUUAUCUUGUGGAAAUCUGUGAUCUGGAGAACAAUGACUUACACUGUGUGAAGUUGCAGCCGUCAACUCGGAGAACUUUAUGUAUGCUGUCAGUGAGAAACAACACUAGUAUCAAUAAAGAAAAAUAUAUUUCUGACAUUGUAUUAGAACAGGUCAGACAGUCUGAAUGUGAAUUUAGGAGCAAAGCCAAAGUUUAAGCUCUUUGCAACAAUUGGCAGGUACAUGUAUAAUAAUCAGAAGUUAUUAUAGGUAUAGAACAAAAACCAGAAGCUCACAUUUUGGGGGUUAGAACAAAGUCAAAUCACAUGUCUCCCUGACUCCGUCAGAUCAGUCCAAUGAACAAAGGCAGAGGCUGCUUUCAA